GGAAAGAAGUCUUUGUGAACAAAAUCAAAGAACUUGCCCAUUUGUGUAGUUGAUCUCUAUCAUGUAUUAAAGACAGCUUAGCUGGGUUUUGAAGGGAUGUGGGAAUCUCAUUUUGAAUCUGGAAUCUGAUAUCUAUAUCCAUAUCUUUGUCUAUAGAUAAAUACAUAUAAUUCGUAGGCAAGGGAAUACUGCUUUCAGUAAAUCCAUUGUAUGCCCACAAUCCAAACAUACACACACAUGCUUAUUUAUAUGCAUUAAAUACUUCCACAGAAAUAACCCAGUCAUAAAAUUAAGUAAAUACUUAAAGACUCAAUGUUAUGACAGGGAGGAGAUAAAAGAAUGAGAGUGAAUUUACUUAUGAGAGAUGCAGACACACAUCAUAAAUACAAGAGAGGAAAUGGGAAUUUUUUAAUUGUUCUGUUUUAAAUCUCAUUCAUUCAUAUUAUCCCUGCCCAGACCACCUGCUUCUGAAUACACAUUGUAGAAGUUAUUUAUGAUACUGUUUUUAUCUUUUGCAGCUUUAUAAACUCCUGAAGUGAGAAAGGGAGGAACCCAGGUCAUGUUAUUAGCUAUAGCACUUGGAAUAUGCAACCAUAAUCAAUUGUCCAAGUGCUUUCUGCCAUGCUCUGUGAAAAACUGAUAAUAUUUUAUUGAUUUCAUUAUUCAGUACAAGAAUUCUCUUACCACUGAAAAGCUCAGCAAAAGAGCUGGCAUUAGAAUUCAGUAUUCUUCUUGUACCUCACCUUCUCUCAGACACAUAUAGUCUCAUUCUUGUCUAUUGCUGCUAUUGCCUUUUUUCAUCUAUCUAAUCCCAUAUAAACUGACACCUCACAAAAGUCUGUUUCAGUGACUUACUGUUGUCUCUCAAUCUUUCUAAUUAUCACUGGGAUUCAGGAAUAAGACCUUGCAAAUGGAAAAAAUAAAGGCACGACUGAAAGCAGAAUUUGAAGCCCUGGAGUCUGAGGAGAGGCACCUGAAAGAAUAUAAACAGGAAAUGGACUUGCUGCUGCAGGAGAAGAUGGCCCACGUGGAGGAGCUGCGGCUGAUCCACGCUGACAUUAAUGUGAUGGAGAACACCAUCAAGCAGUCUGAGAAUGAUCUUAACAAGCUCUUGGAAUCUACUCGCCGGCUGCACGAGGAGUACAAGCCCCUAAAGGAGCACGUAGAUGCCUUGAGAAUGACUCUGGGUUUGCAGAGGCUGCCAGACCUAUGUGAAGAGGAAGAGAAACUGUCCCUUGACUACUUUGAAAAGCAGAAAGCAGAAUGGCAGACAGAACCACAGGAACCUCCCAUCCCAGAGUCUCUGGCUGCAGCUGCAGCAGCAGCCCAACAGCUGCAAGUGGCCAGGAAGCAAGAUACCAGACAGACAGCAACUUUCAGACAGCAGCCACCUCCAAUGAAGGCUUGUUUGUCGUGUCACCAACAAAUCCAUCGGAAUGCACCCAUAUGUCCCCUCUGCAAAGCAAAGAGCCGAUCUCGGAACCCCAAAAAGCCCAAGAGGAAACAGGAUGAAUGAAAUGCAGAAGAUUGAUAAGCUGUGUGACCUGUCCCAGUAUUCUUCCAGUAGAAUGGCAAAUUUGCCCAGACUUUACUGAAUUGCAGACUCAAGUAUGACCGUCUCAUUGUUUUCUAUUUAAAUGCAAUGUAAGCACAAUGUUCCUGCUCUAAGUUCCUUCCAGUCUUUAGGAUUUGGUUUUAGGAAAGUAAAUAUUACUGGUGCUACAGUUUAACAUUUCAGUUGUUCCAUCUUUUGUACUCCUAAACAAACUGGAAUUCUUUGUGCAAGUCUCCUAAAUGUCAGGCUGCUUCUAUUGACCAAAUGUGAUUACCACAAAUACUUUUAUGUUCUUUUCUUAAAAAGCAGAUGUUACUAAAAGAUUAUCCUGAUAACAGGAGACUAUUUGAAGUGCUGAAAUAGCAGACUGUCUGUUUCACUGAAGAACAAUUUGUUUCCCAAUCUCGUAAGGCUGGGUAGGUUUGGGUAUCCAAUGGAACUCUUUUUAAAAAGGAAAUGUUCAGGGAAAACGAGAUUUGUUAUACAGAAAAUGAGUGCAUUAAGGACACGCAUGGGUUUUGAUUUACUGAAGUUGAUUUUAGCAUUCCCUCAAACUUGACUUAAAACUCGGAAUGGUGCUGGCUGCGUAUGAAUUUCUAAAAAUCAUGUAAUUUGCCAUGCUUUAACAUCUUUACAGAUUAUUAUUUUCAGUAGUCAAAAGACUGAUUGGCUUAAGAACAAGGCUGAAAUGAACUGUAUUAGUGCUCCUUCUAGACUCUGCGGCUGACCAACACACUGUGGUUCUCUAGAAAACAUGCAUGAUAUAUCCCAGAUCUCUUUGUGCAUAGACUGCACAUCAGCCAUUCUGCAUGUCUUCUGUUCCUGUUUUCUACAGUCAAAAUCUGGCAGACAUAUCCUCCACUGGAGCAUAGGAAAGUUAAAGAACAUGCAUGAGGAACAGUGUCAGCUGAAAAUUAUGUAUUUCACCAGAACCAAUGAGUUUUGGUGUCAUUGUCCUCCCUCAACCAAAAUGUUCUAACUUUUUUCUCUUUUAAUAGGUCAUUUUCAAAUAAGCUUUACUUCAGGCUAGUUUGUAUUCUUAUUCCUUGUGUGCCAAAAGAACCCUGACUAAAGCAUCUGGAAUAGAUCACUCCCUGUAUGUCUUCCCUUUGUUUCAUGUAAUGUAACAACAGUUCUUGCAAUGGGGAGGAUGGCAGUGAUCCACUUACAGAACUGGCACUUGACAUUUACUCACCUCUAAUCCCAGUUUUGUGACCACCUUUGUUGUCUAAAUUGAUCUCAAGUGUUAAAUAUUCUUUUCAGUAACUCUGGGAUGCAGGAAUUGCUUGUUCACAUUCUUAUCUCUUUAGCCCAGGUUUCUCUCUAUUAUUAUGUUAGAGUGGUUAUAUUGAGAAUUUGGCUUUUUAGAUAGGAAGAACAGGGAAGCCCCAAGUCUCUGCUCCAAGAACUUUGCCAAAUGCUGGCAACUGUUAUAAAUCCUCAUGAUGCAAUUUUGCUGGCCAAAUCACAUAUGUCACCAUUAAUUUCUAAGUCUGCCACAAAGUACACGAGCGAUUUACUGAAUAUAACCCUAAAACUUAAGCCAGGUUCAGGAGAUAUUCCCCCAUUUUAACGUUACAUUGUCAAAUCAUUGGUCAACAGCAGACAGAAUGUGGACCACCUGCCCCUGAAAUUACGUGAAGAGCAGAUAGUGCUAGCUGAAUUACAGGGAUUUGGUCUCUGAGACAGCAAUAAUGGAAGAUAGUCUGACUCCAUGCUCCAAAUGGCAAUAGUGUGUUAUAUGUGUUUUGUAGCACAAAUACUGGAUUCUGCCAUUCUAAAUGUCAGAGCAGUCACAUGCUGUGUGCCCUGUUCAGAGCAAUUCCUCUGGAGCUGAAGGGAAAAUGCACAGUUAAAAGACAGUAUGUGGACUUCCCUGAAGUGCAUACAUGAGAGCAGCAUACUUUGAUGGUAGCUGUACAUAAAUUUAAGAAGUAGUGACAAUGGAGUGGGCUGAUGGUCUGCAAUGAAGUAGUGUGAAUAGAAGGAUUGAUUUGUAGAGACUUUGACUUACAGUUCUGAAAUAGGUGGGGUUAGUCAUAGUUGUUCUCACUUGACUGUUACUUUGCCAGGUUCUUUCUUUCUUGGGAGAUCCCUGAACUGAAGAAUACUUAAGGAUGCACCAUUUAUUAAUUUAGGUACAACAGUUUUGUAUUUUUACUUUUUUAAACUAGUCUCAUAUGCUUUUGUGUUUUACAAGGUUAGGGGUUUUUUUUUUAAAAAAAAAAAGUUAAUAUGACAUACUUUGUUUGCAUCAAUUGUACUAGUAUUUAUGAAUUUUCACUUUCUUUACAAAGUUCUGCCAUAUGAAUAGCAUGCAUUGCUGAGAGUGAGUGUAACUGGAGAUAAGUCAGCAGGGUGCCCCAGCUGCCAAAAGGGCCAACCACAACCUGGGGUACAUCGAGCACAGCAUUGCCAGCUGAUUGUCUCACUCUGCACUGCACUGCACAAGGUGAGGCCUUGAGCCCUGGGGGCAGUUUGGGAUGCCUCAAUGCAAGAAGGACACCAGAUUAUUACAGCGUUCUAGAGGAGAUGUGUGACCAAGAUUGCAAAACGUCUUCAGGACAAGACCUCUGAGGAGCAGCUGAGGACACUUUUUGGAGAAAAGAGAGCUGAGGGGUGUCCUCAUCACAGCCUGCAAUUUGCUCGAAGGGGAAGCAGAGGAGGAGGUGCUGAUCACCCUCUGUGACCAGCAACAGGAUAUGAGGAAAUAGAAUGAAGCUGCACUGAGAGAAGUUCAGGUGGGACACCAGGAAAAGGUUCUUCUCAUAGAGAGUUGUUGGUCACUGGUCCAGUGACCCAGGGAAGUGGCCAAAGCACCAAGUCUGUCAGGGUUUGAGGAGCACCCAGAUGAUGCUCUUAGCCACACUGUUUAAUGCUAGGUAGUCCUGUGAGGAGCAGGGAGUUGGACUUGAUAAUCUUUAUGAGUCCCUUCAUACUUGAGAUAUUCUAUGAUUCUAGCCAUUUCAAGGAGAUAAAAUAUGUAUUGUGUACUAGGGGACCAUGGGGGUAGGGGCAGGGAAGGAAGCAGUGUCUUUUAUAGGGAAAGAGUAUUCUUUUCUUUCAUGGAAUAAUCACAGAAGUUUAACUGAAGAACUCUUCUCGUGACAGCCCCAGGCUCUUUUCUCCCAGGCAACUCUCAAGAGACUGGAGGAAUAAUUAUGAAAUAUUGAUUUCUUAGUGUUCAGACAGAAGAGGAAGCUGUCUGGUACAGUUCUUAACAAAAGUCUACUGCAGUUUUGCUUCAUGGAACAACAAUGACUUCUUCCUUUGUAUCUAAAGUCUUCAUGGAUACUUCAUCACUUAAUUUUAUUCUUAACUGGGUCAAAUUCUCUUAAUAGCCACAAUGAGGCUCUCCUCAAAGCUUAGGAGACUUUAAUAUUACUGAAGUCUGGUUUAACCCUGUCUUUGUCAUUGUUUUUAAAAGGGUAUCCAAGGUAACUGAAUUCUCUUGGUAUAGAUGGUUUCCAGGGUCUUUUCCUGGUUCAUCAGUUGCCCCAAAAGAUAGUCCUGUUGUUCUGAAACCAAACAGAAAAAAGCCCCAAAUAAAAUUCCAAGCCUUUUGCCCUGUCAUCAACCCUAAGCUCGUAAGUAAAAGGAUGCAAAUACUGUACUGUAUCUAAAUGCUUUGCUAUAGAAAUUUUCAUACCCAAGCUAGGGUGGAUCAUUUGUCCAAACUUUAGUGCCAAGGAUACCAUUAACUAUAGAGAAAAUGUAAGGCAAAUUUAAAUACUUGCAUUUCCUGAAUUCAACCUUAGCUUUACAAACAGGACCCUGACUGAACCUGAUAGUGGCUUCAAUUUACAUAAUCUAAAUUUGAAAGAAUGGACAUUGAUGUGUUAUUUUAAUUAGCAUACUAUUCAAGAAAUUAAGACUUCACUAGUACUUUAAAUAAAUUAAAAGUGCUUUAUUCAUUUAUUUUACAGUUUUCUAAUUCCUCCAGCAUACGUUUUCAUUUUAGUAUUUAGGUAUUCUAGCAAUAUCUGGUGUUUUCACUGGCUUCUGUGUUUUAAGUAUUUUACUCCUGUGCCUCAUAGGAGUAGUAACAGUGUGAGAUCUGUUUAAUUUGUCUGUACAGUCCUUUUUAAUAAAUGUUUGUUUCAUGUCA